ACGUACAUGUACGUAUACAUACACCGCUGGCAGACGUGCACUUUAAAAAUGGCUGCUCCCAUAACGGCGAAAAUUAUCGACUUUGAUGGCGACCAAAGCGAAGCACAAGCAAACCUGCAGUUCCAAGAUUUCUCGGACACGUUGCAAGGCAGCAGCGACCAGCGCAGUCAGCAAGCAGUGAAUCAGGCAUACACCAGCUUCUCGGACAUGAACGAUGACGAAGACGAGAGCGACGAGGGCCUCUGGAAGCGUGACUGCCCGCAUCGACAUUGGGAUGGAUACCAUCACAUUUUAUUACAGCUGCUGAACCGAGAGAGAGACGCCAGUGCACCAUCGUUCUGGAAGUUCAGCUACUACCAGAGCCUCUUUGACGUGACGACCAAUGAUGUGCUCAGGCGGCUGCUGUGGUCAGCCAUGCCACAGUUUUCAAGCCCAUCCUACCUCGAGAAGCACAUCAGGCCUAACCCUGACCUCUAUGGGCCCAUAUGGGUAGGCCUGACAUUGGUGGUGACUACGUCAGUGAGCAGCAAUGUGGCCAGCUACUUGGAGACAGCUGGCCAGAGCAAGGACUUCUGGCACACUGACUACACUCGAGUGUCAUUUGCAUCGACGGCAAUCACGGUGUACAUGUUUUUGGUGCCACUGGUGCUGUGGGCGGUGCUCAAGUACCGCAAGGUGGAGUCUCGCUACUCCCUGUUGGAGACCCUCUGCCUAUAUGGCUACUCCCUGGCGAUCUAUGUGCCCAUCUCUAUCCUGUGGGCUGUGCACCUGACCUGGCUGCGGUGGACAUUGGUUGUCGUGGGUGCUUCGCUCUCUGGCUGUGUCCUGGUCACCACUUUGUGGCCUUCCUUCAGGGAAGACUCCCGCAAGAUGGCCAUCAUCACGUCUGCUGUUGUAUUUGCAUUACAUGCAUUACUGGCUCUUGGCUUUGUGGGCAUUGGAAUUUAUGGCAUACCAUUGGAACUUCCCUAAACAGAGUGCAGCUAGCCAGGCUGUCAUGGGCGAUGUUGCUGCUAUGCUUUUGACAAAGAACCUACAUGCAUAGGCAGAUCCCGUAGUAGCACAUCAUGGGUGGGAUGUCCUGUGCAAGUCAAUUGCAAAGAAACAGAAAAGCAUAGCACAUCAAUUAGAAACCAUCACGUUAAGGUGUCUUAUGCUGUAGUAACACAUGGCAUACUUGGAUGGCCUUUUCAGAGUGCUCUGGCAGCAAUACAAAGUUUGUGUAUCAUGUAAAAGAGGAACUAAGUGUUGCUGCUAGCAUGAGUGGACUCCACUGAUCGCAAAGAACCAAAGUCAUCACUCCAGCGCCCAGGUAUUCUCAUGAUUCAUCACCUUCAUGCCACUGCACGAGCGCUCUGCAACGACCACCGAAAUAUGCCAACAGUACUUUAAAUGGCUGUGGAUAUAUAAGUGAGCAAGAAGAGAAAUCAUGAUGCGAUUACUUAUGAUUUAUAACUGAAUGCGAGUGUUUUCACUCACUUGCUCCACUGAUAGUCUCAAAGAAGUUAUUGCUUUAAGUCCAGAUAUAAGUCAUUCCAUAUUAAAUUGCACAAAGAAAUUAAGUGGAUAUGUUGUUAUGAAUUCUCGGUAAAACCAAGUUAUGCUGGGGUAGGCUAUAUUAGUAAUAAUUAGCACUGGAAAGCAUUUGCUGCAGAAGGAUAUCUUAAGCAAGAUUAUGGCAAUAGGCUAGGAAAAACGCAAUGCUCAUAUUAUCAGAAGGUGCGACAGAGGCACAAUAUUAAGCUCAACAAAGAUCUAUGUGACCAGAGUAACAAUGCGAGCAACUAACUUGAGGUCUAAGCAAAAUUUAUAAAUGGCCCAGUGAUCUAAAACAAAAUUUUAUAUGGCUGUGGAUAACUGUACAGUAUAAUAUGGUGAGCAUUUGGAAGCUGAAAUAAAGCCAAGCUUUAAGGAGGGUGCAUAUAUAUCACAACUUUUUUGUCAGUCUUAAGAAAUUUGAUCAAAUCUUGAAGGGCACCUCACCAGGUUUGGACAUUGCAAAGAGACAAUUUCAGUGCUUACAGUGACAAUCAGAUCUGCAAAGCAUUGUGCCAUUGUAUGCUACUCUUUUAAGAAAUGCUUGUGGGAGAAUUCUGCCUGGAUGGCACCUUGCAGCUUCUUGUGUAUAGCCAAAAUUUCUGACGGAUACUGGUGGGACGACAUGCAAGUUAAUACUCAGCGAAGUAAAGGUUGGCAGCAGAUUGCUACACGAGGGAAUUCAGGUCUCUUUGAGAAUUAGAAGGGAGUCUGUUGAGGUCUAGAUUGGGUGGAAGCAGAGUUUUUGUCUUUCCUUAUAUAGUGCUGCUUAUGUAGUACAUCUCGUAAUGAGAGGAGCAAAUUGUUCAUAUUGGUUAAGAUCCUCUGCAAAAUACUGUGUUCAAAGUGCAGGAAGCAGCCCAUGUUACAAUGCUAGAAGAGUGCGUGAAUGAUGAGCUAUGGCACUCGGACAAGAAGAAACUUCGCAUACUCUAUGCUUUUUGUGGGUUGCACCCAACAAUACAUGUAGCCCUCCAAAUGAGUUACAGGGGGCUGCUGUGGCAAAUCUUGCAUUGAUGCAGAAGCAUAAUGCAAGAUAACCUAGAACAGUAUAAUGUAUUGGAAAAAAUCAAGACGUGUCGAUUGUGAAGAGAAAUACAGCAUUAUUCAUACAAUAGUAAGGCAUUUGAGUGUUCCUUUGCAUCUUGCUUGAAUAAAGUGUCUUUAGUUACCCAGA